CUGAUUUCCUAUACCUUUGUUUCAUAGCGACUACCGCAGGCUUGCUGGAAGCGGACUAGUUCUUUCGCUUAAUCCUAAUCCUUAAUCUGAAGUAGGCCUAAGUGCAUUUCCUAGCGCAACUGACGUCAGUAGGAGGGCUAGGUGUAUACCAUGAACGAAAUGGACGUUUCGUUCACCUCUACCAGCGGACGCGAACAGCUUGGAGAUCAGCCCUCAUCAUCCCUGUGUGAGCUCCUCGCUUUCCGAGACAAAUGGGUGUUCUUUUCCGCUAUUGAAAAAGAAAUGUUUCUCAUGGUUGGUGAGAACAAGGACAAAGAUGGGAAGCGCCUCAAGGUCAAGGGAGGAAAGAGAGAAUAUCCUGCCAUCAAAGCUGCCAAAUUGCAUCCAAACCAUGACCACAUCGAGUUGGUGUUUGAGGGAAUUCAGAGAUCUGUUGCCGUCCCCAGGAGUCGAAUCACCGGGAGCAACAAGAUCACUUCUGCAAUAGUAAAAGAGUAUAUUCAAACAAGACGUCUUGAAGGUUUGGUGAAGGCCAUUAACCGAGUCCUUGUGGUUGUUCAAAGAGGGCAGCAAUUGGCUUCUAUCAGCAUAGGAAAUGACAACCAACGCCAGUCCUGCAGUACUACGUAUGCCUCUCAACGCUCGGAAAUAUCAGUUCCGUUCGUUUCGCCGGUGUUUCCUCCAUCACAGACGGAAGUCACGCCCAUCCUUGAGGCAAAUCCGGAGUCGAGCAUGAGACAAACCUGUAGGAAAGGGAUUAGAGCGAGAGAGGACUCCGAGCCUAGAACAAAGAAGAGGAAGGCAUCUGCUACUUCUUGGAGUCGAGCAAGUCUUGAAUCCUGUUAUCGCGGUCAUUCUCCACAGAGAAAAAAAAACCUCCUGAAGGAGAAACUGACCGCAGAAGGUGAAGACAAAGGGUGCCAACUACCCAUCGUCGUGGCUUCCAGUCCAAGUUCGAAUUCCUUCAAUGUCGGCUAUCUUCACGCCUACAAGUACGAGGUAAUAGCCGGCCAGCACAUUGUCCAGGCACGGAAGGAGAUCGCCCAGGAAACGGGAAAGGGCAAAGAUACUUGCACAUGCGCAAUCUACUGGGGUUUGACCGAGGAAGGAAAGAGGAUGCUGGCACUUCAUAACGCCAAGCUACAAGGAGUCCCCUAUGAUGCCCUUGACGUACUGGAGAAAUAUGAAGAACUUCGAGAAACCAUGGAGAAUGAAUCUGAAAUCCACGCAUCUUAUGAUGAGAUCCUGAAAGGGGAACAUCGUGAAGGAGAACUCUUCAAGCACCAUCAUUCCUAUGCUGUUAUCGGAGCCAGACACAAGAUUGACCUUCCAUCAUAUGUGCUCACAAGGAAGGAGUUCCUGCAAUCCUUCCAUGAACCAAACUGCUGGCUCUUGUCAAACAUCCGAGGGUCGAGAAAAGAAGAACUUCCUCUUCACUCGAAGCUGGUCACCCUUGUAGAUUUGAAGUUGGAGUCAGAGGAAGGUGGUGAUGAUUCGCGACGGUCCGUGGAACGUCUUCCGGGCUUUCAACCGGAAACGCAAAUCGAGGUGGAGUGGUGA